AUGAAGUUAUCUCCGUCUCUCCUCUCACUCACCACCCUUGCGGUUGGUGGAUAUGUCCUUGCUGCUCCCAGUGUUGACCUGCAGAAGCGUACCGCAUGCGAAAAUAGGGCUAUUAUCUCGACCUCCAAUAUCAAUGUCGACGACAAGGUCGUGACGUGGGAGACCUUCGGAUGUGGUAGCUCGAUAUCCGCCAGAAGUGAAUUCAAAAGACAGGCCAACGCAACGAACGUGUGCGAUGGACUUUGCACUGAUACAUGCAACAAUUUGUCUGGCGAUUUACCACCCGCAGCGGAUGAUUGUGCUACAAUUGUGGAUGCUAUCACUAUCUUGAACGGCUCCAUUGCGCCUACGUUUGUUGUGGAUUCCCAAUCUAUACAACAACUCAGCUACGGUACUUGCCGCUAUUUCUUUGAGAAUUUGAGCGACGGUCCCUUAGAGUAUUGCUGGCUCGCCCUGGGCGAUAUGGCGUCUGCCGCUGGGAGCGCAUGUUUCCCCCCUACUCAGCCGGUUUACUCGGAAGGAAUUUGCGAAACAAGCACUGGCACUUGGUUGGUGGGGGCUGCUCAUUCCUGA